AUGGCAGCAUUUGCAGCAAACUGUCAAGCAGGAAUUAGAUCAUGGCUAAUCAUAAUUGAUGUAUACUUCGAUGGCUUGUUGUUCCCUACACUACCUGGUGGGAUGCAAAAAUUCCAUGAGCAUGGUCAAAUCUACAUUUCUGUUUAUUUAUAUCCUGAAACCUUUAGUUCAGUUGAGAAUGUGAGAUUUCCAUCUCUCUUUUCUUCUAAAGUAGCUUGGGUUGUAGUAAAUCAUAAAUUUGAUGCCCAAAUGGUUAUGGCUGUGAAUGAUCUUGUUUGUAAAGCUGAAGAAUUACCUGGUGCAUUUGGCAUUAUUCUUGCAGUAGAAAGAUUUUUGCUGAGCUUGGUAGAGAUUAUUUUGAUUGAUCUAGAGAAAGUAAGCAUGUCUGGAGGAAAGCAUAUUACUGAAAUUAAGUUGUAUAAUAUUGGAUCCAGAACAGUGCUCUCAUGGUUGAUCCUAGCUGGGGUAAUUUCUCUGAAUGAUGUCAUUCAAUAUCGGAACCCCAAGGAUGAUGCUAUAAUUAAAGAUGGUCUUGUUUCCUUGGAUGGAAUAACCUGCAAGUGUUGCAACAGGGUGCUAUCAGUUUCUGAGUUUAAGAUUCAUGCUGGAUUCAAGUUUAACCGUCCCUGCUUGAAUCUUUUCAUGGAAUCUGGUAAGCCUUUCACGUUAUGUCAGCUGCAAGCAUGGUCUGCUGAGUACAAGACCAGAAAAAAUGGGAUCCAGAAGGUGGAAGCUGACGAAAAUGAUCGAAAUGAUGAUUCCUGUGGUCUAUGUGGGGAUGGUGGUGAACUGAUUUGCUGUGACAACUGCCCUUCUACUUUUCAUCUGGCUUGCCUGUAUAUGCAGGAACUACCUGAGGGCAAUUGGUAUUGCUCAAAUUGCACUUGUUGGAUUUGUGGGAAUUUUGUUAAUGAUAAAGAGGCUUCAAGUUCGAUUGAUGCAUUCAAAUGUUUACAGUGUGAGCACAAAUAUCAUAAGGCAUGCCUCAAUGCUAAAAGUCAGUUUGAAGAAAAGGUUUCUGAUACUUGGUUUUGCGGGGGAAGCUGCGAGGAGGUGCACUCAUGUCUUAGUUCUUGUCUUGGGAUGAUUAAUCACCUUGCUGAAGGCUUUUCUUGGACACUUCUUCGAUGUAUUCAUGAAGAUCAAAAAUUUCACUCUGCUCUAAGGUUUGCCCUGAAGGCAGAGUGCAACUCAAAACUGGCUGUUGCUCUGUCCAUCAUGGAAGAAUGCUUUCAGUCUAUGGUUGAUCCCAGAACAGGGGUAGACAUGAUACCCCAUCUCUUGUACAAUUGGGGGUCAGAUUUUGCACGCCUGAAUUUUUUUGGAUUUUACUCUCUUGUCUUGGAGAAGGAUGAUGUGGUGAUAUCUGUAGCAUCCAUCAGGAUACAUGGGGUAACAGUUGCAGAGAUGCCUCUUAUUGCAACUUGUAGCAACUACCGUCGUCAAGGAAUGUGUCGACGCCUUAUGACUGUUAUUGAAGAGAUGCUCAUCUCAUUCAAGGUGGAAAAGCUUGUGAUAACUGCCAUUCCAAAUUUGGUGGAAACAUGGACUGAGGGUUUUGGCUUCAAGCCAGUGGAGGAUGAUGAAAGAAAAACACUUAGUAAGAUCAACUUGAUGGUGUUUCCUGGAACGGUAUUGCUUAAGAAGCCCUUGUAUCAAUUCCAAGAAGCAGAUGGACAGUCAGGUGAUACAUCAUCUUUGCAACAAGAUAAAUCAACUGAACAUUUGAGAAAAGAAGAAUCAACUAAUGUAGGCAUUCAUCCUGUAGGAAAUCGAUCAGCCAAGUCUGUACAGCCUUUUGGUGAUAACUGCUAUGCAAAUGAAGCCUGUGCCAAAGUAGAAACUGAGCUUGUAGGAGACAAGAAUGAGCAAGAAUUGGAAAUUGAUGGAAAAAAGGAAAUCACUGAUGGUGUUGUUGAGGAGCCAUGCGAUAAAUCAGCCUUAAGAGAUUUAGAAACUACUAGAUUAGGUAUAUGUACUAAGGGACAGCAUGUAGCUGAAUCUAUACAUUGGUCUGACAGUAAUUGUUGCUCCAAAGAUGUUGGGACUGAGCUCGAAGACAGGCUUAGAGUUGGGUCUUCUCAAGAAUACCCUGCUGCAGAAACUAACUCUGCAUCCCAAUCGGAUGGUUGCUGUUGCGACGAUGAAGCUGGUGCUGAAUCAAAAGUGGAGUCUGUGCAGCAAUCAGAUUGCCUUUGUUUAGAUAACCGUAGCGCUGAAACGGAUGAUCAGGUAGUUGAAGAAGAGAAUAUACAAGUAGUUGAGGGUCGAGCAAGUAGUUUGCAGGAACAAUUUUCAGAGGUGUCCUGUGAAAUGCCAGAUUCGGCAUUAGUUUCUAGUGUUAAGACAUGUAUUUAUAACGAGACACUGGUUUCUUUAGAGGAACAGCUGCAGAAAGACUGUGAGUUGGAUGUUAAGUAGCAAUAAAAUUGUAAAUUGAGGAAAAUCUCAUGCUUUUUGCC